AUGCAUUUCCCUCGUAUCUUGUCUGGCCGCGGCCAAUACACCCAGCACCUUCCGCCUUGGAGUGGUGCACUAUGGCUAGGAGCAGCUGCGUUGAUCACGAUUGACCAUAUUUACUGCUCAACAUUGCACAAUCGAGGCAUUAUCAGCACUGGACCUUCUUAUGCUGCUGCAACGCAGCGCAUCUUAGCUCUAAUGGUAGAGUUCUGUCUAAUGGCAUCCAAUACAUCGGUCAUAUACCAUGUGUCCCGUGUGCUUGCAUCCCGAAAAACGCGCCAGAACCACAGUAUAUUCGCUUACCUCGUCCCUAUGAUCGUGCUUUUGAUUAUUACCGGUAUCAACGUCAUCCUCACUACCAUUCCUCUCAUUGCACCCUCUGCCGUGGUCACCGUCUCGGCGCCCAGCUCGACCGAUUCGGCACCUGUUCUUUACAACUACUCACCCUCGCUCACCAUGCUCGGAUUCGCAGUGCCUCUUUCGCUCGUCGGCUUGUGCGUGCUCGCUGGUGGGAUCCUCAUUUGGGCAUUUGGUCCCUCUUCUUACGGCGACGACCGGUCCGACCUGUAUGAUAUGGCUUGGCAGACUCCCAGUGUGCGAGUUCAAGUCUGA